CCCGCCUCUACGUCGAUAAGUAGCCAAUGGAAGCGUCGUAUCCCGGACCUCUGGCCAAUGGAAACUGAGGUGGGCGGGUCAUCGCGCUGGGGUUUGUAGUCCGUGAGCUGCUUGACUGGCUGCUGCUACCCAGGGACCGCGGACCCGAACGCAGGCAGACCAUGUGGACCCUGGUGAGCUGGGUGGCCUUAACAGCAGGGCUGGUGGCUGGAACUUGGUGCCCAGAUGGUCAGUUCUGCCCUGUGGCCUGCUGCCUGGACCCCGGAGGAGCCAGCUACAGCUGCUGCAGCCCCCUUCUGGAUAAAUGGCCCACAACACUGAGCAGGCCUCUGGGUGGCCCCUGCCAGGUUGAUGCCCACUGCUCUGCCGGCCACUCUUGCCUCCUCACUGUCUCAGGGACUUCCAGUUGCUGCCCCUUCCCAGAGGCUGUGGCAUGCGGGGAUGGCCAUCACUGCUGCCCAAGGGGCUUCCACUGCAGUGCAGAAGGGCAAUCCUGCUUCCAAAGAUCAGGUAACAACUCCAUGGGUGCCGUCCAGUGCCCUGAUAGCCAAUUUGAAUGCCCUGACUCCUCCACAUGCUGCAUUAUGGUUGAUGGCUCCUGGGGGUGCUGUCCCAUGCCCCAGGCUUCUUGCUGUGAAGACAGGGUGCACUGCUGUCCGCAUGGUGCCUCCUGCGACCUGGUUCACAUCCGAUGCGUCACACCCACGGGCACCCAUCCUCUGGCAAAGAAGAUCCCUGCACAGAGGACUAAUAGGGCAGUGGCUUUGUCCAGCUCGGUCAUGUGUCCGGAUGCACGGUCCCAGUGCCCUGAUGGUUCUACCUGCUGUGAGCUGCCCAGUGGGAAGUAUGGCUGCUGCCCAAUGCCCAAUGCCACCUGCUGCUCCGACCACCUGCACUGUUGCCCCCAAAACACUGUGUGUGACCUGAUCCAGAAUAAGUGCCUCUCCAAGGAGCAUGCUACGGACCUCCUCACCAAGCUGCCUGCGCACACAGUGGGUGAUGUGAAAUGCGACAUGGAGGUGAGCUGCCCAGAUGGUUACACCUGCUGCCGCCUACAGUCGGGGGCCUGGGGCUGCUGCCCUUUUACACAGGCUGUGUGCUGUGAGGACCACAUACACUGCUGCCCCUCAGGGUUUACGUGUGACACACAGAAGGGUACCUGUGAACAGGGGACCCACCAGGUACCCUGGAUGGAGAAGGCCCCAGCUCACCUCAGCCUGCUGGACCCGCAAGCCUUGAAGAGAGACGUCCCCUGUGAUAACGUCACAAGCUGUCCCCCCUCCAAUACCUGCUGCCAACUCAUGUCUGGGGAGUGGGGCUGCUGUUCAGCCCCAGAGGCUGUCUGCUGCUCGGACCACCAGCACUGCUGCCCCCAGGGCUACACGUGUGUCGUUGAGGGGCAGUGUCAUCGGGGACCCAAGAUCGUGGCUGGGCUGGAGAAGAUGCCUGCCCGCCGGGCUUCCGGAUCCCACCCCAGAGACAUCGGCUGCGACCAGCACACCAGCUGUCCAGUUGGACAGACCUGCUGCCCGAGCCUGGGCGGGGGCUGGGCCUGCUGCCAGCUGCCCCAUGCUGUGUGCUGUGAGGAUCGCCAGCACUGCUGCCCAGCUGGCUAUACCUGCAACGUGAAGGCCCGAUCCUGCGAGAAGGAAGUGGUCUCUGCCCAGCCUGCCACCUUCCUGGCCCGUGGCCCUCAUGUGGGCAUGAGGGACGUGGAAUGUGGGGCAGGGCACUUCUGCCAUGAUGACCAGACCUGCUGCCGAGACAGCCAAGGGGGCUGGGCCUGCUGUCCCUACCGCCAGGGUGUCUGUUGUGCCGAUCAGCGCCACUGCUGUCCUGCCGGCUUCCAUUGCUCAGCCAAGGGCACCAAGUGUUUGCGCAGGGAAACCCUGCACUGGGACACCCCUUUGAGGGACCCAGCCUUGAGACAGCUGCUGUGAGGGACAGGACUGAAGACUCUGCAGCCCUCAGGACCCCACUUGGAGGGUGCCCUCUGCUCAGGCCUCCCUAGCACCUCUCCCCAACCAAAUUCUCCCUGGCCCCCAUUCUAAGCUCCCCAUCACCAUGGAAGGUGGGGCCUCAAUCUAAGGCCUUGCCUGUCAGAAGGGGGUUGUGGCAAAAGCCACAUUACAAGCUGCCAUCUCCUCCCCGUUUCUGUAGACCCUGUGGCCAGGUGCUUUUCCCUAUUCACAGGGGUGUGUGUGUGCGUGUGCGCGUGCGCGUUCCAAUAAAGUUUGUACACUUUC